ACUAGGCAGGCCAACUUGCAGAGUGCAGCUCAGCCUCGACAGCGGCUGCUCGAGCACUGGGAGUCCUCUCGGAGAGCAUCGCGCUCCUCAUGUGCGCUGCUGUGGCUGUUGCGCCCCCGCUGGAUGUUCAUAUCUGUCAGCCCGAGCCACCACCACCAUGUCCAACCCGACCCACGACCCGUUCUACUCCUCUCCCUUCGGACCCUUCUACAGGAGGCACUCGCCCUACAUGGUCCAGCCCGAGUAUCGGAUCUACGAGAUGAACAAGCGGCUGCAGGCGCGCACGGAGGAAAGUGACAGUUUGUGGUGGGAUGCCUUCGCUACAGAGUUUUUUGAGGAGGACGCCACCCUCACGCUCUCCUUCUGCCUCGAAGAUGGACCAAAGAGAUACACGAUCGGCCGGACGUUGAUCCCCCGUUACUUCAGCACAGUGUUUGAAGGAGGCGUCACCGAGCUCCACUACAUCCUCAAACACUCCAAGGAGUCCUUCCACAACUCCUGCAUCACCCUAGACUGCGAUCAGUGCACCAUGGUCACCCAGCACGGGAAGCCAAUGUUUACAAAGGUUUGCACAGAGGGUCGUUUGAUACUGGAGUUCGCCUUCGACGAUCUGAUGAGGAUCAAGACGUGGCACUUUACCAUCCGGCAGUACAGAGAACUCAUCCCCCGCAGUAUCCUAGCCAUGCACGCACAAGACCCUCAGGUGCUGGAACAACUGUCCAAAAACAUCACUCGCAUGGGCUUGACCAACUUCACCCUCAACUACCUCAGGCUGUGUGUCAUCCUGGAGCCCAUGCAGGAGCUCAUGUCAAGGCACAAGACCUACAACCUCAGCCCCCGGGACUGUCUCAAGACAUGCCUAUUCCAAAAAUGGCAGAGAAUGGUAGCUCCACCAGCUGGACACCCACAGAACUUCAAAACGGAAAUAUUUCCCACAAAUCACAAAAAAGGUCGCGCCAAAGCUGAGCCCGCCCGACAGACCACCACCAAGAGGAGGAAACGGAAGAACUCGGCCAGCAGCGCCAACAGCAGCGUGGGCACGGCCGCCAGCAAGAAGCGCAGUCCCGCCACCAACUUCAGCCUCUCCAGUCAGGUACCUGACGUGAUGGUCGUGGGCGAGCCGACCCUGAUGGGCGGCGAGUUCGGGGACGAGGACGAGCGCCUGAUCACCCGUCUGGAGAACACCCAGUACGACGCCACCAACGGCCUGGAUGACGAGGACGACUUCAACAGCUCCCCGGCCCUGGGAAACAACGCCCCCUGGAGCAGCAAACCGGCCAGCGCUCAGGACAGCAAGCCCGAGAGCACGGCGCCCCAGCCCUCACAGUAAAACCACACAAGUAAGACGAAAGACAGCAGAUCCUCGGCUCCACGUGGACCGGACUUGAUCCCCCCCUCUUUUCUUUUCCUUAAAGACAGUGCUUCUACGCCUCGUAACUAUGUACUGAAUCAGAAUUCUCGUCUGCAAAACCCACUGCUGGCUCGCCCGGCCCAAACUAAGUCCACCUGGGAUAUUGUCUUCUUCUAUGAAUCGAUGUAACAACUACAAGAACACAGAAAACUGGCUGCACUGCUCAGCAAUACCCACAGACGAGAAACGCGUACCGGCUGUAUGCAUCUUUAAUGUGAAAAUAGCAAAGGCAGACGGGGGUUUCUGUCCCUCCACCCCCGUUUUUUCUUUCUUUGGAAGAAUAAACUGAAACAAUUGCAGAUCAAGUUCUCUUCUUUGGACCCUCAGAUACAAACAUCUUGUCUGGUGGAAUACCACAGUUGUGAUUGGUUGACCUGCAGGUCACAAGUCAUCACGCUGACAGUAGACGUGGGGGAAGAAAAGAAGAAGAGCAAAAGCAACAAACGAAAUGUCUCAGAAAUGGAAAACUCGUGAAGGAAAGGUGGUUUUUAACAGCCAGCAGAGCCCAUUGAAGCAUCUCACCACAUUGGAGACAAAUGAAACGUUGUUUGAGGCAAUUGCAUUUUUAUUGGAAAUUCAGUCGGCUGUUGGUUUGUUUUCUUUGUUGCUUUUUAUUUUCAUUUCCAAUUAAGAGGAAAUAAAAGUUCUCCACUGAUAUGGACGCUUUUCAAACAAGGGGAAAUCGUCCUCGGAUUGUUUUUCCACAUUACUGCGGUCGUCACAGAUUGUAAUUUCAUGCAAACCAGUUUAGUUGUGUUUGUAGUCUAUUGGUAUUUUGCUUUUCUCUGAAUCCUUUGCAGUCUCAUUGUAAUUUUGCAGAUGAGUAUGUGAACUUUGCCAACAUGCAUUGAUGCAUUAUUGUCGUUGGGUUUUUUUUGUGUUUUUUUUUCUUUAUAUCUCCUCUAAAAUUGGACUCCGUUUCCCUUUAAUGACCUAUUCCCAAACUGAUACUUUAGCAUUUUCCUGCAUGAUUUUAUAGGAAUUUUAUUUUGUUUGAUAUUUGUGCUUUUUAAAAAUGCAUCAAUCGGAUUCUCCUUUUGUGUUCAUCAGUUUGGGAACACUGUAACAAAGUUUGUAGCUCUGUAAAUAGAGGUGGAAUCUAUUUUGUCCACUGUAAAUCAGCCACUGAAAGCAGUUUGGAUAUGGCAGCUGUUUUGUUUUCUAUCAGAGGGUCAGAUUUCUGUAGGGUGGUUUGGAUGGAACCUGGUGAAAAGUCUUUUGCGAUUCAACUUUUAAUGUCCCCUGCUCUCUCUAGCUAGUGCAGAACCAAAGCCACAAAUGUACCCAACAGCCACACGGUCAUAUCUACUGAGUGCUCUGAGACAGACGGUCGGAAGAAGAAACCAUAUUUACUUUUUUGCGAUUGAGUCCCAUCCACUCCACAGAAAUACUUUGAGAUCCCUGAGUUUUGUGUUCACAAGUGUUCUUUAAUCUUUCAUUGAACUGAUACUCCUGUAUCUCACUGAUCUCUUUUGUUGGACUUUUGUUUGAAAAUGGGCAAGAAGAUAAUUGCAGAUGUCUUUAUACAAUUGGAUCUAAUGGGUAUUUAUUUGUGCAUUUGUAAGGAAGCUAACACAUUUCUAAAUAUGUUUGAGCCUAGUAUUAUUAGACACCAUUUGUACAUUAUAUAGCAGAGGUGUUCAGUGUCAUAUCUGAUGUCUGGUAUGUAUGCUUUGCCAUUAUGUGUGCCAAUAAACCGUGCUUACAAAGAAAUUAAA